AUCAAUAUAUAAAUGCUAGGGUCCGACUAUAAUGAAGUGCUCAGGUGUUUGUACCUACAGGUAGGCUGACACGGGUGCUCUGUGCUGCACACCACCGCAUUACUGUCCACGAUGAGAUCGCCUGAGAUGGUGCACAUUUGGUUACUCUUAAAAUACAUGUUGAGCCUUCCCUCAACUUACAGGGCAGUUGCCUUCCUGGAAAUUUCAGUGAACAUUAAAAUUGUGAAAAAACAAAGAGUACGUUUAUUUGUAAAACAAGAAUUAGGUUUGGCUCAAUACCCAUGCAAUACCUGAAACUGAAGAUUCUUCCCCGGGAGACCGCAGCCUGUCGGCAUGGCUCAAGAGUCUGUGAACUGCAAAAUCCAGCCCGGGAAGGUAGUUGUGUUCAUCAAGCCCACCUGUCCAUUCUGCAGCAGGCCCCAAGAGAUCCUCAGUCAAUUGCCCAUCAAACAAGGGCUUCUGGAAUUUGUCAAUAUCACAGCCACCAGCCACACUAAUGAGAUUCAAAAUUAUUUGGAACAGCUCAUAGGAGCAAGAAUGGGGCCUCGAGUCUUUAUCGGUAAAGAUUGUAAAGGCAGAUGCAGUGAUCUAGUCAUUAUGCAAUAGAGUGGGGAACUGCUGAUGCGACUAAAGCAGAUUGGAGUUUUGCAGUAACCACAGAGCAGGCCACACGCUGACUUCCCUCCUCAAGAGCUGGAUGGCAUUGCACAUGAUGACAGCACUUCCUGGUGGAUGAAUUUGGGGGGCACAAACAGCUUUUUUCUUCUUUUGGCUCAUUAUUUAAGAGUGGAUCAACUUGCUCUUAACCACGGGGCCAAGAAGGUUGACAGGCCAUCUUGGUUUUCUUCUUGAUGAACUCUUUGGUUUUCAGAAGACGGUGACGAGUUCUGGCCUAGGAUUCGCCCACUGACCCUCAAUUGUUCUUUCUCUCUGGCAUGCAUUUCUUACUGUUCUCCAUGUGUCGGCAUGCCUCUGCCUCUAAGCCAGUGUUUUUCAACUAUGUUUAUACAGACUCCUUCUCUACAAUGAUGAAUCCAUAGCUGGUUUUCUGCUACUGCCCAUUAGCUGAAGUCAUUUUUCUGCUCGACUUUAUGGAGUUGGUGUUAUGAAAUCAGUGGGUAUUUUGAAUGUGUUCUUUCAAACUACAUGCAUCUCUCCGGAGACUCAACCCCACCCCAUCCCAUCCCACCUUGAGAAUCACUGCUCUGAGCCAGUGUUGUCCACCUUGUCCUCUCACAGAUCUUAUAGGAAAUGGUCAACAAUUCUGUGAAAGAUCUCAGGACCCAACUGGAGAAAUCAUAUGAAAAGUUAAGCAUAGUUGGUCUUGCUGUCACAUGGAUCAGAGGCACAAGUGCAGAGGCUGUAGUCAUGUGGAACACUCUGUUAUUUAAGAUGGCCAUCCAGAUAAUCCUGAACACUGUAUUUAUUUGAUUUAGAGUGCCAGCAAAAAUUAAAGCACAAAAUGUAAAACAUCUGAGAAAACUUACAGCCCCCUACCCAAAGAGUGUAUCUGGGAAAGAGCCCCCAAUGCUUUGAAAACUUAAGAAUCCCCUAUCAUUAAGUUUGCUGUUCUAUAAUUUUAAGAUUGUUAAUUUCCUUCUUCAGUCUCUAGUAAGAAUGUUUAAUUUCUUUUCUAAUAAAAAAAUACCUAUAGAUGAAAAAAAAAUUAGGUUGUAGGCUCAGAUAAAUGCAGACAUGUAUACAUAAAUAUCCAGUGAGACAUUU